AUGAGUACUGCUGCAGUUGCUGUUCCAACUAAUAGCGUUGGUAUUUCAAACUUACCAAACCAACGUUAUAAAAUUGUCAAUGAAAAAGGUGACCAUUUCACUAUCAUGGUUUGUGGUGAAAGUGGUUUAGGUAAAACCACUUUCAUCAAUACUUUAUUUCAAACUACUUUAAAACACCAAGAGCCUCGUCGUAAUAAUGGUCCAAUUAAGAAGACUAUUGAUAUUGAUAUUACUCGUGCUGUUCUAGAAGAAAAAAACUUUAAAUUAAGAGUCAAUGUCAUCGAUACACCAGGUUUUGGUGAUAAUGUAAACAACAAUAAAUCAUGGCAAAGAAUCAUCGAUUUCAUCGACGAUCAACACGAUUCUUACAUGCGUCAAGAACAACAACCAUUCCGUAAAAUUAAGUUCGAUUUAAGAGUCCAUGCCGUACUAUAUUUCAUAAAACCAACUGGUCAUGGUUUAAAACCUUUGGAUAUUGAAACUAUGAAGAAAAUCUCAACUCGUGCAAACUUAAUUCCUGUAAUUGCCAAGACCGAUACUUUAACACAACAGGAAUUAUCCACUUUUAAAUUGAGAAUUAGACAAGUUAUUGAAACUCAAGAAAUUCGUAUUUUCACACCUCCAAUUGACGAAAGUAUCUUAUCUAAUGGUAGUGCUACUGAAGAUAACAGCGCUGCCAUCGAACAUGCCCGUCAAUUAAUCGAAUCAAUGCCAUUUGCUAUUGUUGGUUCAGAGGAAAGAUUCACCAAUGAUAAAGGUGUCCAAGUAAUUGCCAGAAAAUACCCUUGGGGUUUGGUUGAAAUCGAAAACGAUUCACACUGUGAUUUCCGUAAAUUAAGAAGUUUAUUAUUAAGAACUAAUCUGUUGGAUUUGAUUUUAUCGACAGAAGAGGUCCAUUACGAAGCAUACAGAGCUUUAAGAUUAGGGAACAGUAAUGAAGAGAACAAAGAUUCCUCUAUUCCAAUAAAUACCCCAGCAAGAAAAUUAUUAUCCAGUAAUCCACACUUUAAGGAAGAAGAAAAUGCAUUAAAGAAAUACUUCACAGAACAAGUCAAGGCAGAAGAACAAAGAUUUAGACAAUGGGAACAAAAUAUUGUUAAUGAAAGAGUUAGAUUAAAUAAUGAUUUAGAGGACAUACAAUCAAAGGUCAAAAAAUUAGAGGAACAAGUUAAAAAUUUGCAAUUAAAAAAGCGUUAA